CUUCCCGCCAGUCUCGCCCAAAACCCUACCACUAGGAAAAUCCUUAAAAACUCCACCUUUGCUUGUUUGUGUUUUGUGUUAAACCCUAGCAGCCAUAGCCACCACAGCCAACUCUGAAACCAAGGAAACAUGGCCGUAGACCCCAAGGCCGUGAAAUCGGACCUGGUCCUGAUUCUGGACUUCGGGUCGCAGUACACCCACCUCAUCACCCGCCGAAUUCGCUCCCUCUCCGUCUUCUCCCUCUGCAUCUCCGGGACCUCUCCGCUCUCCGCCAUCACAGAACUCAACCCGCGGGUUGUCAUACUCUCUGGCGGGCCUCACUCCGUCCACACACCAGACUCUCCUUCCUUCCCGCCCGGGUUCCCUGAGUGGGCCCAGUCCAACGGUGUCGUCGUUUUGGGUAUCUGCUACGGCCUCCAGCUAAUCGUCCAGAAGCUCGGCGGCGAGGUCAGGGUCGGCGAGAAGCAGGAAUACGGAAGGAUGGAGAUCCACGUGGAGAGGAAUGCCGCCCAGGGGCUCUUCGGGUCGAAAAUGGUAGGGGAUAGGCAGGCCGUGUGGAUGAGCCACGGCGAUGAGGUUGCUACCCUACCCGAUGGGUUCGAGGUUGUGGCACGUAGCCAGCAGGGUGCGGUGGCCGCCAUCGAAAACCGGGCUAAGAGGUUUUACGGUCUCCAGUAUCAUCCGGAGGUGACACAUUCGCCUGAAGGAAUGGAAACACUACGGUACUUUCUGUUUGAGGUUUGUGGAGUCACUGCUGGAUGGAAGAUGGAAAAUUUAUUGGAUGAAGAAAUAAAAGUGAUCAAAAUCACGGUGGGGAUAGAAGAUCAAGUGAUCUGUGCCUUAUCAGGUGGUGUGGAUUCCACAGUUGCUGCUACUCUUGUGCAUAAGGCAAUAGGAGAUAGGCUUCAUUGUGUUUUUGUUGACAAUGGUUUAUUGAGGUACAAGGAGAGAGAACGCGUGAUGGAAACCUUUGAAAGGGAUCUUCAUUUACCUGUUACUUGUGUUGAUGCAACGGAUCAGUUUCUUAGCAAGUUAAAAGGUGUGGUAGAUCCUGAAAUUAAAAGAAAAAUUAUUGGGAAGGAAUUUAUUUCCAUAUUUGAUGCCUUUGCCCAAGAGUUGGAGGAAAAACUAGGAAAGAGACCAGCAUACUUGGUCCAGGGGACUCUCUAUCCGGAUGUGAUUGAAUCUUGCCCACCCCCUGGAUCUGGAAGAACCCACUCCCAUACAAUCAAGAGCCAUCAUAAUGUUGGAGGGCUUCCUAAGGACAUGAAACUGAAACUCAUUGAACCACUCAAACUUCUAUUUAAGGAUGAGGUCCGUCAACUAGGAAAAAUUUUGAAUGUUCCAGAGCAAUUUCUGAAGCGCCAUCCAUUCCCCGGGCCUGGCCUUGCAGUACGAGUAUUAGGUGAUGUAACUGAAGGCAACGCCUUAGAUAUCCUCCGGCAGGUGGAUGAGAUUUUCAUUCAGUCGAUCAAGGAUGCUGGGCUUUAUGAUUCAAUAUGGCAAGCUUUUGCUGUGUUUUUACCAGUAAGGUCGGUUGGAGUUCAAGGUGAUCAAAGAACACAUUCUCAUGUUGUUGCUCUGAGAGCUGUUACAAGUCAAGAUGGAAUGACUGCAGAUUGGUACUAUUUUGACCACAAGUUCCUUGAUGAUGUUGUACGGAAGAUCUGCAACAGUGUUCGCGGCGUAAAUCGAGUUGUUCAAGAUAUUACAUCAAAGCCUCCAUCAACAAUUGAGUGGGAAUGAUGCCUUAUCCAAUGCUUACAGUACGAUGAGGAGUGAGUGAGAAAAUCUGCGGUUGUAUUUGAUUUACUUGUACGAUCAGUUCUUGCCGCAUUACUGCAUAAAAUUUAGAAAGGUUGGCCAGGAGGAAUAUGAGUUGAGCAAAAUAUACAGUGCGAUAGAUUUAUUACUGAAGUCUGGUUGCAGGAAUAUUAUCUGGUUCUACUAGGUAAAUGAUUCCUAAUGGACGACACCAUGAACAUCCUUUGUGGAAACUUCAUAGUGAUAACAUAUUGUUCUACAUUUCAGCUGUAAUGAUUUCUGAAAA